AUGCCUCGUGACAGCCCCCCUAGUGCCCAAACGGCAGUGACUAAUUCCAUAGAUGUGGAAAAGUUGGCAGCUGAUGUACCUGCUCCAAAUGAGGCGAAGAUGGAGAUGAAGACAGAGGGCCCCAAGCCAGCUUCUACCGAGAAGACCUUUACUCUAAAGGUCAUACUUCUUUUGAUUUCGGUUUUCCUGAGCAUGUUUCUCGUUGCCAUUGACAGAACUAUUGUUUCCACGGCAGUACCUACAAUAUCUAAUGAAUUCAACGCUUUCGCUGAUAUUGGCUGGUAUGGCAGCGUGUAUUCAUUAACCUGCUGCGCAUUCCAGCUCGUGUUUGGCAAGAUCUACGCCUAUUUUUCAGUGAGAGUUAAUUUUGUCGUGAGCAUGAUCCUUUUUGAAGCCGGCUCCGCUCUCUCCGGGGCCGCUCCCUCUUCGGCAGCUUUUAUUCUUGGCCGAGCGAUUGCUGGUGUUGGUGCGGCAGGUAUCUUUGCAGGAACCAUCAUGGCUGUUGUUUUCGCAGUUCCUCUUGCUAAACGACCCCAAGUGCAGGGUUUCAUGGGAGCCGUCAUGGGUAUUGCCACUAUAGUGGGACCUCUUAUUGGUGGUGCAUUUACUAGCAAUGUGACUUGGCGAUGGUGUUUUUAUAUUAAUCUGCCCUUCGGUGCUGUCGCUAUGGUUGUUACCUUCUUCCUCUUCGACGUCCCUGAUCGUGAUUCAGCCAAGCAACCCCUUAUAAAGAAGCUGGCUCAGCUUGAUCUCCCUGGUUCCGCUGUCCUUAUCCCUGGUGUGACCUGUCUUCUUCUGGCUCUUCAGUGGGGUGGGCAAACGUACGAGUGGAGUAAUGGCCGCAUUAUUGCGCUGCUAGUCCUCGCAGGCAUACUGCUUAUCGCAUUUGUUGCUACCCAGUUUUUGCUCCCUAAGACGGCCACUAUUCCCCCCACUAUUCUUAAAUUUCGGAGUGUCGCUGCAGCCGCUUGGUCUACCAUCUGCAUUGGCUCCUCACAAUAUAUCUUUGUAUACUAUCUACCUAUCUGGUUCCAGGCUAUCAAGAAUGUAUCCCCUGUGGAUUCUGGCAUCCACCUCUUGCCUAUGAUGGUCUCAUUUAUCGUUACGCAACUUGCUGGUGGCUUCAUCAAUCAAAAAAUCGGAUACUAUACGCCUCUAGGUAUAUUCGGAAUUUCCGCCAUGACUAUUGGCGCUGGUCUCCUUACAACUCUACAGACGCAUUCGAGCAGCGGCACCUGGAUUGGAUAUCAGAUCCUUUAUGGUUUUGGAAUCGGAUUUUGUUUUCAGACACCAAUCCUUGCAACGCAAACCGUUCUUCCUAAACAACAAGUGCCAAUUGGUAUGGCUCUAAUGUUCUUUGGCCAGCUUCUUGGUGCAAGUAUAUUUGUCUCUGUUGGAGAAAAUAUACUAAACAAUCAACUUCAAAAGCGCCUUUCCGGUAUCUCUGAACUUCCUCCAGGCUUUAUCGGCUCUUCUGGCGCUACCACUUUCCUUAAUUCAGUACGACCAGAUCAACGUGAAACUGCCCUUAUUGCUUAUAAUGAGGCACUCCGAAAGGUCUUCCAGGUUGGCUUAAUUCUGAGUUGCCUUGGUGUUCUUGGUAUCUACUCACUGGAGUGGAAGAGCGUCAAGAAGCCUGGUAACCCUGGCUCUGGCAAACCGGGGGAACAAGCCGUCAUGCCGAAGGUGGAUAAAAGUAUUUCAGGGCCAGGAAAAUAG